AGAAAGUUCUGCCAGUCAGGAAUUACAUAAGCACCGCGAUUCCUGAGCGCGACAUAAAUUUUACGGUCGGCCCUCGCGAAGUCUUGAUCUCCACACAAAGAACAGGUUCAAUUGCUUCUUCUUGCUCGCUCUCAAUAAUGGCCACCACUCUUCGCUCCAUCCGCGGACUCACCCCGCUGCUCGACCGCAUUCUCGUGCAGCGCGUCAAGGCUGAGAACAAGACCGCGUCCGGUCUCUACAUUCCCGAGAAGAACGUCGAGAAGCUGAACGAGGCGAAGGUGCUUGCGACCGGACCGGGCGCGUUUGAUCAGAACGGAAAGCUGAUGCCGGUGUCGGUCAAGGCUGGCGACCGGGUCUUGAUUCCGCCGUUUGGUGGAAGCACUGUCAAGGUUGGCGAUGAGGACUACAUUCUCUUCCGGGACCACGAGAUCCUCGCAAAGAUCUCCGAGGAGUAACCGUCUCGAAGAUAUAAAAUAUACGCACGCCACGACCUCGAAACGAAGAAAAGAAAAGAAAGAUCUAGGCACUGAAUCAGAAGGAAGAGCGUAUACGGAAUGAAGAGUACUCUUGAUGAACGAAGGGCACUCCUGAUUAACUAUAUGCCCUCUCUCCAGUUUGUAAUUAUAUACUUCUCUGCCUCUUGUAAUAUAUUCAUAUAACUAUAAAC